AUGCGCUCCGAUGAAGACUCAAAUUUCAUCGGGUCAGAGAUCAACCAGUACGUAGAGAAACCUUAUCAAGAACUGAAGGCUGGGAAAUACAAGGUAAAUCAUGUAAAUUCAAAAGGCCUAGUUGGAGAAUACCUUCGUAAAGAAGGAAAGCUGAAAACAAUCUCUGACCAUGUUGAGGAAGGAGCUCAAGAUACAAAUAAAAUUGUGGCUAAGCUGAUCAAUGAGAUUGGCAUGAAAAAUGAAAACCUGGAUGAGUUGCAUUACAAGUACAAUGAGAAGACCAUGUCAUUGAGCAGGAUGCUUGAGGAGAAAGACAUGCUACAUCAUGCUUUCUAUGAAGGUUUCCCUCCUCGUAUAAUGCGUUUUGUCUAG